AAUUUAUAUUAAAAAAAAAAAAAAGCUUUUUCUGUCUUUCCCGUUUCUUCUUCACUCACAAAUUCAACUAAACUUCCCAUUACUCAUAGAAACACUCUGCGUUUCUUCGAAUUCCGCCAUGUUCAACGAUCAGGCACCAGCGGUAACUUCCAGAGCCAGCCAUGGCGGAAACGACGACGAUCAAAUCCGUGAUAUUCAUGCUCUGACCUCGCCGCAACCACCGCCGGUGACGGCUAAUCGGAACCGCCGUGGUGAGGCCUGGGAAACGACGAGUCAGAGAUCGACUUCAAUGGCCAGCGAAGGCGGCUCCAGUGAGAAUUUCACCUCCAUGAGUCGAGAGUUUAAUGCUCUCGUUAUUGCAGGCGCGGAGAUAGGCGAUGAUUAUCGCCAUGAUCGACCGAUUAACGAAGCUCCAAAUAACUUGAGCCGAAUCAGAGAGGAAGAGUAUACGCCAGAGGAGGAGAUGAAUCCGUUAGCGAUCGUACCAGACGGACAUCCGUUCGAUGAUCGCUUAGCGCCGUUGGCGAUCUCGAGACAAGAGAACAGGAGAGGCGGCGGCGGCAGCGGUACGGCAGCGACUAGAGAGAUUUCGUUGCAUAUGGUGAAGAAGGAGGAAGUGGAGACGAAGAUAAGUGCAUGGCAGAACGCGAAGAUUGCGAAGAUUAACAAUCGGUUCAAGAGAGAAGAUGCGGUGAUCAGUGGAUGGGAGAGGGAGCAGGUUCAGAAGGCGUCUUCAUGGAUGAAGAAGAUCGAGAGAAAAUUGGAAGAGAAGAGAGCAAAAGCAUUAGAAAAAAUGGAGAAUGAAGUAGCAAAAGCACACAGAAAAGCAGAGGAAAGAAGAGCAUCAGCAGAGGCGAAGAGGGGAACAAAAGUGGCCAAACUCAUUGAGAUAUCAAACUUGAUGAGAGCAGUUGGAAGGCCACCAGCCAAGCGCUCCUUCUUCUAAAUUCCUCCCUUUCCAUUCCCAUAAUCCCAAUGCUUCUGCAAUUGAUUAAGGACAUGGACAAAGCCCAUCUCCUUACAACAGCCAUUUCUUACGCCAAAACCAACUUGAAACAGCCUCCUACCGAAAGUGAAGAACAGAAGCAAUAGCAGAGGUGCUCAGUAUUUCAUCAAAUAUAAGGCAAGAAGGAGCCUGGUUCGCCAUUGUGGAUGGUACACAAACUUUGUAUCUUGUCCUCUCUUAUGUACAAAUGAUACGAACUAUUGUUGAUGGUAGCUUCGAUGCUUAAACAAUUUAGUAUUGACUAGAAGCUAUAUGAAAACUUAUGAAUUCAAAGAGAUAUGGCUUAAGUAGUGAUUGUCAUGGCUGCUUAUUUUGCGCCAUGAGUAGCAGAUAUCUACCUUUCGAUGCUCAAGUGAGUGCCUUCAACCUGUUCAUCUUCUUGAAGGGAUAGUAGGUUGAGUUCAUGUCUAUUAGAGAUAUUUAAUAUUAAAUUAUAGUUUGAUAUUUUA